AUGGCACACCGAGACCCCGAUCUCCACAACGCCAUCUCGUUGAGGCCAUCGCCCUUCCAUCCCCAUCCACAGCCGCAUAACGAGCGAUCGUCUCGGAACCAUACGCCAGACCCAAGCCAUUCACAGUCCCCACAGAAACCCGCCGCCAGCUCUGCUGUAGAGCCUGUAGGCAGCAACGACAUUCAUGUCCGUCCCAACGCCUACCACCGCAGCAGCAGUGACAGCGAACGCGAUGACGUUGAGCGCCAAUCUCCCAGCAUGGCCACAGCAGGAGACCCUUUCAAAUUGCGGGACUCGUUGAAGAACAUCGCCGAAGAAAAGCAAGCUCGUGCAAACACCAAAGCGAAGCRAACUUGUCAGCCUGUCACCGCGGGCAAGGACAAGCAUCAAUCCCACAAGAUUAUCGCCUUUUACGAGAAUCAAAACGAGAAAAUCGAACGAUUGUUGAAGCCUGUCGACGACCAUGUCAGAGAGGCCAAGGAGGAACAGGGAGCGGAUGCGUUGCAGUACAAGAUCGCAGUGAUGGGUUCCUUCGCCACGAAUAUUGCUCUGGCGAUUUUGCAGGUCUACGGUGCGGCGUCUUCGGGCAGUUUGUCGUUGUUCACGACAAUGGCGGACUCCAUCUUUGAUCCGGCGAGCAACCUCACCCUCAUCCUCUGCCAUCGAGCCGUCAACAAGGUGGACCCUCGAAAAUUCCCAUCUGGCAAAGCUCGCCUUGAGAAUGCCGGAAACAUUGCAUUCUGCUUUCUCAUGACCGCCGUCUCGCUCGUCUUGAUCGUGCUGUCAAUCAAGGAGCUUGUUGAAGGCAAGRAGGAUGUCAAGUUCCACUACCCGUCUGUCAUCGCGGUGGGAAUCGCUUUCUGCGCGAAGCUCACUCUCUUCGUCUACUGCUGGUCCAUAAGGAWCAAGUACUCGCAAGUCAGAAUUCUUUGGGAGGAUCACCGCAACGACCUCUUCAUCAAUGGUUUCGGUCUGAUGACCAGUGUCAUGGGAAGCAAGAUUGCAUGGUGGAUAGAUCCCGCGGGUGCCAUCGUCCUAUCAACCCUAAUCUCAGUGCUCUGGCUCCGCACCGCCAUAUCCGAAUUCCUCCUCAUCAUUGGCAUAACCGCAGACACGGCUUUCCUCCAACACGUCACCUACAUUUCCAUGACACACGAUCCUCGCGUCAUCAGCUUGGAUACUGUGAGAGCCUGGUACUCUGGUCCACGAAUCAUCAUUGAAGUGGAUAUCGUGAUGGACCAAGAAUUAAGCUUGAAGGAAACUCAUGAUGUCGCCGAAGAUUUGCAGAUGAAAUUGGAGAGUCUACCGGAUGUGGAGAGAGCUUAUGUGCACGUUGAUUAUGAGACGGAGCACUCUCCCGAACACUUCUUGAAGAAGGAGUUGUAG